UUCUUCUUUCAACAAUGUUUUCCAUUUCACAAAAUUUCUUUUUAAAUUAUUUUAUGAAUGUGGUAAUAAUUUUUCGACAACGUCAAUGUCAAACAUGUCAAACAUGUGUCAAACACAUGCCACUGAUGUGCCACUGGUUUGACAUGUAAACACUCAUAAUAUAGGUUAUAUUUUUAUGAAAUUACACAAAAAUGGGCCGUAAAAUUCCAGCAAAAAAACAUCGUGGCGUGAAAGAUCCUUUGAAACAGCAAGAACAACGAUUUCAGAGCAUAAAAGACAAAAUAAAUGCUCCACCAACUGAUCCGGAUGAGCAGCCCAUACCGAAGUCGCUGCAGCGUCUUUUUGCCUUCAAAGAGCCCCGGACACCCGCAUCUAUUGUGAAGAAAAAGAAGUCGCGCUCAAUAGCAGGCAAGUGGAGUUUAUGGUCACUCUACAAGCUGAGGGCCUACCGCGAACCACGUUCGACGUGUUGCCUCUGUCGCACUUGUAAAUUCGUACGUAAGUGUGACAGGGAGGCAACACGUCGAACAUGGUUCGCGGCAGAAACUCUGAUUGUAUGCUAUGUUGCAGCUCAUGCCAAGCACGAUGAUAACCCAGUGGCAGCACUUAAGCGAAUGCCCGGCGAGGCAGGCCGCGCCUUCUCCAUGCGCAUCAAUAGUGCCGUGCGGGCGCUGCAUAACACCGAUCAGGAGGACUAUCCUUUAGACCUUGAAGAAACGGAUACCAGAGGCGAAUACAUAGCAUCGCAGCGCGAGCGACGGCAGAAGAAGCAUCGUCAGGCCGUAGGCAAGGAAAAGGGGCUGGGGGGGCAAAAGGGGGCAAAGGGAGAGGAGCGUUUGAGCAAAGCACAGCGACGCGCGCUUAAGAGGAAGGAGCAGCAAAAAGCUAAGGAGGCUGAGACGAAAACAGCGCGCGAGCUAGCGGCACGUGAGCUGACUUACGAGCGAGUCGCCUUCGGAGAUGUUGCGCACGCGCCGCCCGCGCUGCCCGCGCCGCGCCGCGCGCAGCUGCACCAGGGAGCACCCAGGCCGGGCCGCCGCGACCUCCUCCUAGCAGGCAUGCUCAAGCCGAGCGCUCAACAAACUCAACCGAAGACUCAACCGUCAAAGAAAACUCAAGCGAAACCUCAGAUAAGCGCAGCGGAGCAAAUGCGACGCGAACGAGCGCGUUUAGAAGCCGUGGACGCGUAUAGGGCGCUGAAGAAACAAAAGGCGGCCGAAAAGGCCAAUCGGUGAUGUACUAACGUGGACCUUAUGUCUUUGUAAUAAAGUUUAUGAAUUGUCAGUUAUCAGCGUGGACAAUACUUUAGUUGUAAGUACAUAUAUAUGUAUAAACCUCAGAUAAGCGCAGGGGAGCAAAUGCGACGCGAGCGAGCGCGUGUA